GGAAAAACGAAAUUAUCCCGACGUGCGGGCCGCGAAACGUGAUGCCUCGCCUCGCCGCCGCCGCCAUUUCUCUCCCUCCUCCGGCGGCCGCCGCUCGCGGGCUCGGCGCCGCACCUCCUGGGGUCCUCGGACGCCUAACCCUAUACUCCGCCGCCACCUCCUCCCCUCCACGCCGCGGCGCGCCGGCAUGCCGCUUACGCUGCCUGGGCUCCUACCACUCCUCGGCAGCGGCGGCGGCCGCGGUGGAGGAGGCGCGGCGCGGGAGGAAGCAGUUGGGGAUGACGCCGCCGCUCUACGACUACCUCCUCGCCAACGUCCGCGAGCACCCCAUUCUCCGGGAGCUUCGCGAGGAGACCGCAGCCAUGAGAGGAAGCCAGAUGCAGGUUACUCCUGCACAGGCUCAGCUGUUAACGAUGCUUGUGCAAAUUCUUGGGGCACGGCGCUGCAUUGAAGUCGGCGUGUUUACUGGGUAUUCAUCAUUAACUGUAGCACUUGCACUCCCUGAAUCUGGUCGCCUGGUUGCUUGUGAAAGGGAUGAAAGAUGUUUAAAAGUUGCCAAGAAAUACUAUCAGCAUGCUGGUGUUGCACACAAGAUUGAUGUGAAACAUGGUUUAGCUGCGGAUUCUCUAAGAUCUUUGCUUGAUUGUGGUGAAGCUUCCAGCUAUGACUUCGCAUUUGUUGAUGCUGAUAAGAGAAUGUAUGAGGAAUAUUUUGAGCUUCUACUGAAGCUAGUAAGAGUUGGUGGUUUAAUUGUGAUGGACAAUGUCCUUUGGUAUGGAAGGGUUGCUGAUCCACUGGUCGAUGACCAAAGGACAAUCAGUAUAAGGAACUUCAAUAAGAAAGUUUUGGAGGAUAAGCGUGUCGAUAUCAGCAUGGUGCCUAUCGGGGAUGGGAUGACAAUCUGCCGGAAGCUAGUAGAUACUUGACUUCACAACAUAUUAUGUAGAUGGCAUAAACUUCCUGCUGAGGUCACGUCCUGAGUGAUCAAACUGAUAUGGGGCAAUAAUGUAAAAGGAUUAUAGGUAAUACACCUCUUGACAUUGACCAUAUUCACGGAUGCAGCAAGUGACUUGCCCCUAAGAGUACUAACCACCAUGGAGGAAACAGAUGGUGCAUUAGAUGUCUAUGGCCGCGAAGGAGAGUAACAUCGGCAUGGCUAAUUUUCCUGAAUGGACUUGAUUCGCUCAUCGGAAAACAGUGUUGAGCAAGCCCCCAGACGGUUGUAGACUCAGCAAAAACUGACGUAUUGCCAUGGUGUUUGGUUGAUGGACCAUUGUUUUGAUAUGAUAUGUACCCUCCUGGAAGACAAGCAAAUGUACCCAACCACUGAAUCUCGAUCAUUGAUAUUCCAGAAGUUUGUGUAGGAGGGAAGUUGCAUGAACGGAUUGGUCACAUAUGAAAUACUAUAAUGUUUAGGCAAGUGAUAGUAAAAUCUCGUUAAAUUUUACAAUGUGUAAAACAAGUGGCUGUUCGCAAGUGUUGAGACAUGUUUUUCCAAAUGCUCGGGCAAGUGUGGUUUAGUCA